AUGUCUGUUCAAAUUUUUGGAGACCAAGUCACAGAAGAAAGAGGAGAAAACGCGCGUAUGCUGGCGUUUGUCGGCGCCAUUGCCGUUGGAGACCUUGUGAAAUCCACCUUGGGCCCAAAGGGUAUGGACAAGUUGUUGCAGAGUGCUUCGAACCAGGAUUUUGCCAUGGUCACCAACGACGGUGCUACCAUUUUAAAAUCUAUACCAUUUGACAACCCUGCUGCUAAGGUUUUGGUAAACAUUGCCAAAGUGCAAGACGAUGAAGUCGGUGAUGGUACCACCAGUGUCACUGUGUUGAGUGCCGAAUUGUUAAGGGAAGCUGAAAAAUUAAUUGAUCAAAAGAUCCACCCACAGACCAUUAUUGAAGGAUACAGAUUAGCAUGCUCCACUUCAUUGGCAGCAUUAGCCAAGGUUGCUGUAAACAACGGUAACAAUCCAGAAAUCUUCAAGAAGGACUUGUUAAACAUUUCCAGAACAACCUUGUCCUCGAAGAUCCUUUCCCAAGACAAGGAACAUUUUUCCAAAUUGGCAGUAGAUGCCAUCUUAAGAUUGAAGGGAUCCACCAAUUUAAACCAUAUUCAGAUUAUCAAAAAGGUCGGAGGUAAAUUGUCUGAUUCCUUUUUGGAUGAAGGUUUCAUUUUGGACAAGAAAUUCGGUAUAAACCAACCUAAAAAGAUUACCAACUGUAAAAUUCUUAUUGCAAAUACUUCCAUGGAUACCGACAAGGUUAAAAUUUUUGGAGCCAAAUUCAAGGUCGAUUCAACUUCAAAACUAGCUGAGUUGGAAAAGGCCGAGAAAUUGAAGAUGAGAGAAAAGGUAGACAAGAUUAAGAAGUACGGAAUCAACUGUUUCAUCAACAGACAGUUAAUUUACGAUUUCCCAGAGCAACAAUUCACUGACUCCAAGAUAAAUUCGAUUGAACAUGCAGACUUCGAUGGUAUUGAAAGAUUAGCACUCGUAACCGGUGGUGAAGUCGUUUCCACAUUUGACACUCCAGAACAUGUCAAGUUGGGUUAUUGUGAUUCUAUUGAAGAAGUCAUCAUCGGAGAAGAUGUAAUGACCAAGUUCACCGGUGUUGCAGCAGGUGAGGCCUGUACCAUUGUGUUACGUGGUGCCACUGAACAAGUUUUGGACGAAGCUGAAAGAUCUCUUCAUGAUGCUCUUUCUGUCUUGUCCCAGACUACAAGGGAAACUUCUACCGUUUUGGGUGGUGGUUGUUCUGAAAUGAUCAUGUCCAAAGCAGUUGACCAAAUCUCUGCAAAUGAAACAGGUAAGAAGUCCUUAGCUAUCGAGGCAUUUGCCAGAGCUUUGAGACAAUUACCAACGAUUUUGGCAGACAAUGCUGGAUUCGAUUCGCUGGACUUGGUAUCGAAGUUAAGAUCCGCUAUAUACAACGGUAUGACCACUUCUGGUUUAAACUUGAAUAAUGGAACAAUAACUGAUAUGAGAGAUUUGGGAAUUGUUGAGUCGUAUAAAUUGAAGAGAUCUGUGGUUGCCUCUGCUUCAGAAGCUGCGGAAGUUUUAUUAAGAGUGGAUAAUAUCAUUCGUGCUAAACCACGUACUGCUGAUAGGAAUCAAGGUCAUUAA